AUGACUAAGGAGCAAGCCAAGUAUCUGGCUAGCGGAGGCCUAAAGGGGAACAAGGAGAAGAUGAAAGAGCAGGCAGCUAGGACACGGCAGAAAGAGAGGCAGAGGGAGUGGGAGAGGGAGAAGGAGCGGGUGGAAGCAGAGCGUGACGCCCAAGAGAUGGAAUUGAGCUUCAGACAGCGCAUGCGACAUUUCACAUGGACGUGGUUUACUAUGACUAUGGCGACAGGAGGGAUGGCGAAUGUGAUUUAUACUGUACCCUAUCGCUUCCAUGGCAUCUACGCCCUCGGGUGCAUGUUUUUUCUUCUCAAUAUCGUCCUGUUUCUGUUUAACGUCGGCAUGAUCAGCACGCGUUUUUAUCUGUAUCCCGCAACCUUCAAAGGCAGCUUCCUCCAUCCCACAGAAUCCCUCUUCAUCCCAGCUUGUAUCAUUUCACUCGGCACCAUCUUCAUUAAUAUCUCGCAAUAUGGCGUCGGGAAAGCCGGACCCUGGCUCAAAGACGCCAUGGUAUACUGCUACUGGGUCUACUGUGCUCUCGCUGUCAUAGCAAGCUGCGGGAUUUUCCUAAUCAUGUGGUCCACCCAAACCCACACAAUCUCCCGCAUGACGCCCAUCUGGAUCUUCCCCGCCUACCCCCUCCUGAUAAUCGGCCCCUUCGCCGGCGUCCUCUCCGCCAAAACCACCUCCACCACCGCCCUCUCCAUCAUCGUGUCCGGGUACACCCUCCAAGGCAUCGGCUUCAUGGUCUCCCUGAUGAUCUACUCCGCCUUCCUCUACCGCCUGAUGACGCAAAAACUCCCCGCCGAGUCCCUGCGCCCCGGCAUGUUCAUCUCCGUCGGGCCCUCGGGCUUCACAAUCGCGGGCCUCGUUACCAUGGGCGCGCAGCUGCCCCGCAUCGUUGCCGAAACCGGCGGCCGCUUCAUGUCCGCCAGCGACGCCUCGCCCGCGCCGUCCACCCUCACCUUCGUCAUCAGCGACGCCGACGCCCACAUGACGACCGGCCUCUUCGCCGCCGAGGUGUCGCGCAUCAUGGCCAACUGGGCCGGCCUGUGGCUGUGGGGCCUCGCGCUGUGGUUCUUCAUCGUCAGCGUCGGCGCGCACUGGACGCCCCUCACGCGCUGGAAGAUGGAUUUCGGCAUGACGUGGUUUAGUUUCGUGUUUCCGAAUACGGCGCUCACGACGGCGACGUUCGCCGUGGCGAGGUCGCUGAAUAACAACCGCCCCAUUCAGAUUGUGGGGUGUGUGCUUAGUGUAGCGUUGGUGGUUGUGUGGAUGUUUGUGGCCGGGUGUAUGGUCAAGGCGGUGGUGGGGAAGCAGAUUCUGUGGCCGCAGAAGCAGGAGGAUCGGGAGGAAGGGGGUAUAAGAGAUUUAGAACAAACACGAUGA